AUGGCUCGCCGACUCGGGAACCCGUUUGCCUUCACCCCGGCCCCCGUGACUUUCUUUGUUUGCGUCAUCUAUCUGGCCGUCGUCGCCUCGCUGCUCGUCGUCCACCAUGUCGUCCCGCCCGCGCCCAAGUCCCAGACCCCCGCCCGCGGCAUCAACCUGACCGAGUCGUGGAGGGAUCUGCAGUAUCUGUCCGCCGGCCACCACCCCUACAACUCGCACCGCAACGACGACGUCCGCAACUGGCUGCUGAUCCGCAUCGAGGAGAUCCUGGCCCGCAAUGCCAUCAGCUACUCCACCAAGGGCUUCCACGCCGCCAAGGCCUCGCCCGUCGUCCUCUACAACGACAUGGUCUCGAACGUCACUUUUUCCAGCUCCAACACGAGCGUCUACUUCGAGGGCACCAACGUCAUGGUCUACAUCCGUGGCUCCGAGGACGUCCCCGACGACGUCGAGAGCUCCGGUGUUGGUGGCGUGCUUGUGAAUGCUCACUACGACAGCGUUUCCACCGGCUUUGGCGCCACCGACGAUGGCGUUGGCGUCGUCACCGUUCUGCAGCUGAUUUCCUACUUCACCACCAAGGGAAACCAGCCAAAAAAGGGCAUCGUUGCGCUUCUCAACAACGGCGAGGAGGACUGGCUGAACGGCGCCAAAGCCUUCACCGAGCACCCCCUGUCUUUCUUCCCCCACACUUUCCUGAAUCUUGAAGGUGCUGGUGCCGGAGGCCGCGCCACUCUUUUCCGCAGCACCGACACCCAAGUCACCCGCUUCUACAAAAAGGCCAAGAACCCUUUCGGGAGCGUCAUUUCCGCCGAUGGCUUCAAGAGGGGCCUGAUCCGGAGUGGCACCGAUUACUCCAUCUUCACUGCAGACAUGAACAUGCGCGGUCUUGAUGUUGCCUUCAUGGAACCCCGCGCUCAGUAUCACACUGUCGAGGAUGCCGCCAGGGACACCUCUCCUGAUUCCGUGUGGCACAUGCUGUCUGCCGCGCUUGAGACGAUGAAAGCUCUCACCUCUUACACCGGAACUGAAUUCGAAGGCGGGCCAGACGGCACCGGCAAGGGGACCAACGGCGUCUGGUUCGAUCUCUUUGGCGAGGUCCUUGCCAUAUUCGAAUUGCACACCCUCUUCGCCUUCUCUGUGACAUUACUUGUCGUCACCCCUCUGGUCUUUAUCGGACUUACCGCCAUCUUGGUCAGCGUUGACAAGUGGUACCUUUUCGCGAGGAAGAAGUAUCUUCAUUCGUCGGAUGACGACGACGCGUACCCGCUUUACGGCUGGCGAGGCUUCUUCCGCUUUCCAAUUGCAUUUGUUUUCGCGACGGCUGCCGUCAUUGGCCUGGCCUACCUAAUUACGAAAGUUAAUCCUAAUAUAGUGUACAGUAGCGAAUAUUCUGUCUGGAGCAUGAUGCUCUCUGCGUUCUUCUGCAUUUCUUGGUUUAUUCUCCGUGGCGGGGCUGCCAUGCGUCCGUCGGCACUUACCCGCAUCUAUGGACUACUUUGGAUCUACGCCGGCGCUUUCGUACUCCUGGUUCUUGCAACGGUUGCCGAGAACAAUUUCCACUUGGCCGGCAUUUACUUCAUUGUAAUUUACUUUGCUUCGGCCUUCUUCGCUCUACUAAUUUCCUACCUGGAGCUCUUCGCACUGCCGAAGAAGAAGACCUAUGUCCAGUAUGUUGUAGAAACAUCCGACAGCCCCGGAAGCCGUACUCCAGGAAGCAUCAGGACCUCUCUUACGCCCAUCAGUAGUCGACCGCUCACGGCUGCUACUGCCGUAGCAGACCCGUCAUCCCAUCACAAGAUCAGAGACGAUCGCCGGAACAGCAACGAAGACGACGAUGCGACGGAGACGACAUCUCUUCUGCGCAGUGAGCAAAACCCCCGCACUUUCAGCCGCGGUUACGGUGGCAGCAGGCAUGGCAGCAGGCGUGCUUCCCUUGACGCACGAUCCGUCCUCUCCGUCUCGACGAACCGGCGACGCUUCCUCCACCCCGAACCCACCUUUCCCGGGGAGCAAGCUUGGAGUAGCAGGCUGCCCCGCUGGACCUGGUUACUGCAGCUGCUUCUGCUAGUGCCCAUCAACGUCAUUCUUGUCGGACAAGUCGGCCUUCUCAUCACUAGCGCUCUUCACCAAACGUUAGCAGAUGGCUCUUCGGCGCUGACAGUGUACCUUCUCAUCGCCGUCUUUGGUGUUCUCCUCCUUGUCCCCGUUCUCCCAUUCCUCCACCGCUUCUCGGUCCGCAUCCCCACCUUCCUCUUCCUUGUCUUCGUCGGAACCCUUAUCUACAAUCUCGUUGCCUUCCCCUUCAGCCCGGCAAACAAGCUCAAGGUCUAUUUUAUUCAACGCGUUGACCUCGACACGGGUAUGAACGAAGCCUCACUCACCGGCCUCGACGGCUUUGUUCAACCCAUCAUCGCACAGCUGCCCUCAGCCGCCGGUCAGCAGAUUGAAUGCGGCCCACCCGAUACCGCGAGCCGCGCCGGCCUCAUCAAAUGCUCCUGGAACGGUCUCACUCCGCUCGUGGUGCCGCGCGAUGACCAUUCCAAGCACCCAGUGCCGCCCGGUAACGACCUCAAAUACCUUUCCAGCUGGGUGCAAUUCAACGCCAGUCGCACAAGGCUCGAUGAGGAUGACGAAUCGGUCAUGGUUGACUCGACAACAAUGCCAAAUACGGCGACCAUCGACGUCGUCGGGCGCAACACGCGCUCCUGUCGCCUCUUCUUCGACCCGCCUGUCACUGACCUGCGCGUGCGCAACGCUGGCGAAAACCAGAGCAGCCGCUACCCGCGAACCGGCCCCACGGGCGCCAACGAGCUGCGGCUCUGGAGCCGCGAGUGGGAGCAACCCUUCACCGUCGAUGUUGGCUGGGACGCCAGCGACGGGCAGGAGGGCAGCCACUGCGGUCGCAGGCGGUGCCGGAGUCACAGCGGCGAUGACGAGAGCGGUGAUAGGUUCAGAGGAUUGGACGGCAAGGCGCAGUGCAUCUGGAGCGAUGCAAAUGAGAAGGGGAUGAUCCCCGCACUGGAUGAGCUCAUGGCGAAUAUACCCAGAUGGGCGAUCGUGAGUAAGUUGGCAGAUGGGUUGGUUGAGGGCACGAAGAGAUUCGCGCUUUGA